AUGCCGGCUCUGCCAGCACUGCUGCUGUCAAUACACUUCCUGUUCUUCCUCCUGCUAGCCAACAUGCCACCACGCUCACUUUGUCAAACACCUGUACUCUCCGCUGUUCGCAUGGCGGCCAUCUUGGACGACCAGUCCGUGUGUGGGCGCGGCGAGCGUCUGGCGCUGUCGUUGGCCAGGGAAAACAUCAACAGCCUAAUGGAGGGCCCGGCCCGAGCUCGAGUGGAGGUGGACAUCUACGAGCUCCAGAAAGACUCCCAGUAUGACACCACUGACACUAUGUGUCAGAUUCUUCCCAAAGGUGUUGUGUCGGUGAUAGGCCCAGCGUCUAGCCCUGCCUCUGGCUCCACUGUCAGUCACAUAUGCGGCGAGAAAGAGAUCCCGCAUGUAAAAAUUGGUCCAGAAGAGACGCCUCGUCUCCCUUACCUCCGCUUCGCCUCCGUUACCUUGUACCCCAGCAAUGAGGACCUGAGCCUGGCCAUAGGGGCCAUUCUGCGCUCCUUCAGCUAUCCCUCCGCAAGCCUGGUCUGCGCCAAGGCUGAAUGCCUGCUGAGAUUGGAGGAACUGGUGCGUCGCUUCCUCAUCUCCCGCGAGACGCUGUCAGUCAGGAUGCUGGAUGACAACCUGGACCCGACCCCGCUGCUGAAGGAGAUCCGCGACGACAAAGUCGCCACCAUCAUCAUCGACGCCAAUGCCUCCGUCUCCUACCUCAUCCUCAAGAAGGCAUCAGAGCUGGGGAUGACAUCACCGUUCUACAAGUACAUCCUAACCACUAUGGACUUCCCCCUCAUGAGGCUAGAUGACAUCGUGGAUGAGCAGUCGAAUGUGGUGGGCUUCUCCAUGUUCAACACCACCCAUCCCUUCUAUCUGGAGUUCAUCCGCAGCCUCAACCUGUCAUGGAAUGAGGGCUGUGAUCUAUCCUACCCGGGUCCAGCGCUGUCGUCAGCGCUGAUGUUUGAUGCGGUGCACGUGGUGGUGGGGGCGGUGAGGGAACUGAACCGCAGUCAGGAAAUAGGAGUGAAGCCGCUCAGCUGCACCUCACCUCAGAUCUGGCAACACGGGACGAGUCUUAUGAAUUACCUGCGCAUGGUGGAGUACGACGGCCUGACAGGGCACGUGGAGUUCAACAGCAAAGGUCAGAGGACCAACUACACCCUGCGGAUCCUGGAGAAGCACCGAGGAGGCCACAAAGAGAUUGGGAUCUGGUACUCCAACAACACCCUGGCGAUGAACUCCACCAGCCUGGAUAUUAAUGUGUCGGAGACGCUUGCCAACAAGACCCUCAUUGUCACCACCAUUCUGGAAAACCCAUACGUGAUGCGCAAGGACAACUACCAGGACUUCCAGGGCAACGAGCAGUAUGAGGGAUUCUGUGUGGACAUGCUGAGAGAAUUGGCGGAUAUCCUCAAGUUCUCCUUCAAGAUCAAGCUGGUUGACGACGGUCUGUACGGCGCCCCGGAGCCCAACGGCUCUUGGACGGGCAUGGUUGGCGAGCUUAUCAACAGGAAAGCCGACCUGGCCGUGGCGGGCUUCACCAUCACGUCGGAGCGGGAGAAAGUGAUCGACUUCUCCAAGCCCUUCAUGACUCUGGGGAUCAGUAUCCUGUAUAGGGUUCAUCUGGGUCGUAAACCGGGUUACUUCUCCUUCCUGGACCCUUUCUCGCCGGCCGUCUGGCUCUUCAUGCUGCUCGCCUACCUGGCUGUGAGCUGCGUGCUUUUCCUGGCUGCAAGGCUGAGCCCGUACGAGUGGUACAACCCUCACCCGUGCCUGCGAGAACGCCGGGACAUGCUGGAGAAUCAGUACACGCUGGGCAACAGCUUGUGGUUCCCCGUCGGCGGGUUCAUGCAGCAGGGUUCCGAAAUAAUGCCUCGGGCCUUAUCCACCAGAUGUGUCAGUGGCGUGUGGUGGGCGUUCACCCUCAUCAUAAUCUCAUCCUACACAGCCAACCUGGCUGCCUUCCUGACAGUACAGAGAAUGGAGGUCCCUAUCGAGUCUCCGGAUGACUUGGCUGACCAAACCAACAUUGAAUACGGGACUAUCCACGGCGGCAGCACCAUGACUUUCUUCAUGAACUCUCGCUACCAGACAUACCAGCGCAUGUGGAACUACAUGAACUCCAAGCAGCCCAGCGUCUUCGUCAAGAGCACCGAAGAGGGCAUCGCCCGCGUGGUCAACUCUAAGUACGCCUUCCUGAUGGAGAGUACCAUGAAUGAGUACCACCGCGGCCUCAACUGCAACCUCACGCAGAUCGGGGGCCUGCUUGACACCAAGGGAUACGGCAUCGGCAUGCCGCUGGGUUCGCCAUUUCGAGACGAGAUCACGCUGGCCAUUCUCCAGCUGCAGGAGAACAACAGACUGGAAAUCCUAAAGAGGAGGUGGUGGGAGGGAGGACAGUGUCCAAAAGAGGAGGACCACCGUGCCAAAGGUCUUGGCAUGGAGAACAUCGGGGGCAUCUUUGUAGUGCUCAUCUGCGGCCUCAUCAUCGCUGUGUUUGUGGCCAUUAUGGAGUUUGUAUGGUCAACACGCCGCUCGGCAGAGACAGAUGAGGUAUGCCCCCAUACCUGCCCUCGCCGAACCCACAGACACACCCCAGUGUCUGUCUGUCAGGAGAUGAUCACAGAGUUCCGAAACGCCGUCUCCUGUAAGAAGAGCUCACGCCUGCGUCGCCGCCGCCCGCUCAGCAGCUCGGCAGCGGCCCUUCGACACCCCAACCGCUUCGCCCUGGGGGCCCCGCGACCCUUGCGCCUGGUCCGAGAGAUGCGGCUGAGCAACGGUAAACUCUACAGCGGAGCCGGACCCCUCACAGGCGGGGUGGGAGGAGGCGCUGGGCCACCCGAUCUGGGACCGGGUCCCCAGCGGCUCCUCGAAGAUCCCCUUGGUGCCAAUGCCACCCCUCCGCCACCGGCGCCUACCCCGGUAAUGUUGCCCAGCCGCAGUUGCACCCACGUGAGAAUCUGCCAGGAGUGUCGCCGCAUCCAGAGCCUCAGGUCGGACAGCAGUUUGGGUUCGACCAUCACGAGGAUACCGCCGUCGUCGGCGCCCCUGCCACGUCUACCCCCGCCCCCUCCCCCGUCCUCGUCCAACACGGACAGCGAGGGCGGAGGGGGUCCAAGCCCCAGGCGGCUGCACAGCCCCCCACAUCACCCUGCUCGGUCCAUUCCUCUUCAACAGAACCUAAACAAAGCGGACCUCCUGGGGGAGCAGGCCUGA